GGCAGUAAGAAGAUAGAAAAAAAUUUUACAAUGUCAACAAUGGCCGAAGACAGCGAGCUGGACCCGCGAAUAAAGAUUGAAUUGGAAAAUCUUAAUACGGCUACUGAUGAAAUCAACAAAUUGGAGAUUGAACUAGAGGAGGCCAAUUCCACUUUUCGGAUAUUGUUGAAUGAAUCGACACGUCGCCUGAAGUUGUCCUCUAAAAAAUUGGGAAGCUGCAUUGAUAAAGCUAGACCCUAUUAUGAAGCAUUGGAUAAGGCUAAAGCUGCACAAAUUGAAUGUCAAAAAGCCGCUGUCAAAUUUCAACGAGCUAAUGAGAUUCACGCUGCCGCCAAGGAAACCGUUGCUCUGGCUGAGCAACGCUUCAUGUCGAACUCGCACGAAUGGCAAUUCGAUAAUGCAUGGCAGGAAAUGCUAAAUCAUGCCACUCAGAAGGUGAUGGAUGCGGAGAAGCAAAAAGCUGAAUGUCAUGCAGAACAUCAAACGCGUACAAAAAUAUUUCAUUUGGCCGAGCAAAAAGUUCAGCAGCUUGAAGAACGCUUUCGUCGGAGUAUCACAAAGUCACGACCCUAUUUUGAGGAGAAGCAAAUAUGCCAGGAUCAAUUACAAACUCAAAAGAAUCGCAUUGAAGAACUACAAGCACAAGUGCAAGCAGCGAAGAAUACGUAUGCGACAGCUCUACGUAACUUAGAGCGUAUAAGCGAUGACAUUCAUCGCCAACGUGGAGAUUAUCCACAACUACUGAAUACACCCCCGCCAGGUCCCAGAGAACCAGGCGUAGGGGCAGAACUGAACUCGCCAACAACCACGCAAAUGCCUCCGUUGCCCGAUUUCCAUAGGGAACUCGAAAACUGUGACUAUCCUUCUCUGGGCGACAGCCAGUCCUCAUUAGGAGCUCAGUCACAGAAAUCCGAAAAUGUUCCUUGUUCCAGUAAGAAGCCAUAUCAUAGUGCAGGUCCAGCUACUCGUUUAUCUCUAGCCACAUUGGCUUCAAUGGAGGAUUCCGAUUUAGAGGAAUAUGAAGAAGACGAAGAUGUCAUAAAAUCACACGAAAUGUGCGAUCAAGAGAUAAAACAAGAAUGUUCCACGCUGGAUGUCGACGAGAAAGACCUGGAAAUAUUAAGACAAAAGGUUAAAUUUUUAGCUGUUCGGCCCAUCGAAGGCGGAGAUGGCCAGCAGGAACAGAAUGAUGUAUGGGAAAACGAGCUAAAUGCAACUGUGGACAAGUUGGACCACCUGCUGCUUUUGAAGGAAUGUGCUAAAAAUCAAGCGGAACUACAGAAGCACAACAAUCAAAAAACUCCAAAUGAUUCAGUUCGCCCAGACUCCCUAGGUGCAGAGGCUAUCAUGUCACCAAAACCUCUGAUCCAAAUCUCAGAAGUGAGCACUAGCAGUUUACCUACCACACCAGAGCAUAUGAUCAAGCCUUUGAAAAAACUUCACAAACUUGAGCCGUUGCCAAUGGCAAACGUUUCUAUGAAAGAGCUCCCAUUGUUGUCACGUCUGUCGAACGAGGUUCUCAAUCAAAGCGGUGGAUAUAACAAACAACGCAGACGCUCGCUUGAUUAA